UCAGCCAUCUCUCCAGGACCUAUCUUCCCUUGCUGGUUAGCCAUUCACCAUGAAGGAGCCGACACGCGAACAGCAAGAAGAACAACAACGCGCCGUCAUCACUGGUGGCGUCAAAGGCUUCCUAGGUGGUCUCAGCGUCGCCCUCCCCCUCUCCUACAUCCUCCACCGUCGCUGGCCCUAUUACCGUAGCCUCCAACCGUCCCUAAAAGCAUUCGGCGUCAUCCUCGUCGCCGUUCCUUCCUUCGUCAUCUCUGCCGAACGUGCUGGUCUUGCAUAUGAAAGACGGCGCUGGGAUGAUGUCGGUGCGCAUGAGAUUGAUGUUAUCAAAGCGAGGGAACACGCGAGAUGGCAAGCUAUGAGUGCGAAGGAUCGGUUCUCGGACUUUGCGAGACGUCAUCCGUUUAGUCUUAUCACUGGAACCUGGGCGACGAGUAUGGUUGGGAUAUAUGCGUGGGUGUCGAGAGAUCCGCUUGCAACGCCUUUAAUGAAGAUAACUCAAACACGUGUCUGGGCACAAGGCAUCACGCUAGGUAUCAUAAUAACCGCAGCCGUACUCACACACGGACGUUCAGAAGUCCAUCACGUCGACCACUCAUGGCGAGAGAUCCUCGACCGUGAAGCAGAGGAAGCAAAGGCAAAGACAUCAAAAAAAGUUUAAUCCGGGCGGUGGGACACACAUUUCAGCAUUCAGGUUCAGAAGUGUAGAGUGUUUAUGUACAUGUACGUAUAGUCUACAGUACAGGGAAUGGAAAUACGGAGGCUAAGAGUCGGGACUAGACGACCUAGACUCGGCAUGAAA